UAUACAUAAUUCAAUUUUUUAUUAAUCACGUUUUCAGGGUUAGGAAGGUGUCGUACGUGUAAACAGCUGAUGAGAAAUAGGAAAAAAACUAGAGAAGAAAGUAAAUAAUAUCUUGAAGAAAUGUCAGGGAAGGAAGAAGAAGAAGAAAAUAACAUUCUCUAUGAACUAUUAAUAUAUGGAGAAUGGCAACAGGAACCGGAAAUUGUCACUAAACAAGAUAAACAAGAUGAAAGAAAAAACAUAGUUUGGAAUUGGUUUGGUUCAUUUGUUCCACCAUGCAAUUCAAAACCAUUUAUACAAAGGUUAAUAAAUCAGCAAAUGAUAUGGCAGUUUGCAGUUGGAGGAAAUGGCCAAGUAAUUGCUGUUUUACAAGAUCAAAGUAUUGAAAUAAGAUCUUCAAGAGAUGAUUAUCAUUCAGUGAUUGGAAGGUGUCAAAUUCCAAAAGAUCCCUUUCCUCAGUGGAGAAAAAUUGUAUGGUCAUCAGAUUGUAGCAUGUUAGCUGUGAGCUUUAGUAAUGGCAGUAUUGAAUUUUUUGAUCUUUUAGGAAGCAAUCUCUUUAGCAUUCAUCAGGCCAAAGCAAAAGUAACUUCUAAUAAUGGUUGCCAAGACUCAAGUAGAGCAAUUGCUGCAAUGAUUUUUACUGAAGCAAGAAUUCAAAGCACUCAAUGGUCAUCAGAAUUUCUAUUUGUUACUUAUAAAGGAGUAUUAUAUAGUUAUUUUGUUAGUCCUACUGAAGGAUUUCAAGAAAAUCAUACUUUUUCUUUUGCUAAGCAUUAUCCAGAUGGUAUUACAAAUAUUGCAUAUCAUCCUGCUCAUCAUUUAUUGUUUGUCAGUGGUAUUCCCCAAAAUAUUUAUGGGUCUUUGGAAACUUCUAAAGCUCUUCAUAUGGGUAUAACUGCUUGGAGGUUUUUAUCUGAUUAUCCUCAUUAUAAACUUGUAACAUCUCUAGAAGAUGAACUUACUUUAAUGACUCUCUUACCAUUUACAGUUUUGGAGUUGAAUUCAAUAUUGCCACCAUUAAGAUGGCAGUUAUCUUCAAGAGAUGAUUAUCAUUCAGUGAUUGGAAGGUGUCAAAUUCCAAAAGAUCCCUUUCCUCAGUGGAGAAAAAUUGUAUGGUCAUCAGAUUGUAGCAUGUUAGCUGUGAGCUUUAGUAAUGGCAGUAUUGAAUUUUUUGAUCUUUUAGGAAGCAAUCUCUUUAGCAUUCAUCAGGUUUGGUCAUCAGAAUUUCUAUUUGUUACUUAUAAAGGAGUAUUAUAUAGUUAUUUUGUUAGUCCUACUGAAGGAUUUCAAGAAAAUCAUACUUUUUCUUUUGCUAAGCAUUAUCCAGAUGGUAUUACAAAUAUUGCAUAUCAUCCUGCUCAUCAUUUAUUGUUUGUCAGUGGUAUUCCCCAAAAUAUUUAUGGGUCUUUGGAAACUUCUAAAGCUCUUCAUAUGGGUAUAACUGCUUGGAGGUUUUUAUCUGAUUAUCCUCAUUAUAAACUUGUAACAUCUCUAGAAGAUGAACUUGAUUUAGCAAAAAGAGGAUGGCUGCAGAUGAUUUCUUUUUUAAAGAAAUAUAAAAAGAAAACAGAAGAUCUGGUAUUCAAGCUAAGUAUUUCUCCAAGUGGGAAUUUACUUGCUGCGGUUCAUACCUCUGGUGCACUUUCACUUUGGCAUAUUCCAUCAUUAAGACCGAAAUGUUUGUGGGAACUUUACAAUCAAGAAAGAUACAAUGAAGUCAAUCCACAAUACUGUGAACCAGGGAAAAGAAAGAAAAAUAUAUUCUUAAAUGAUCCUCUUCAUUAUCAUAUAUCAGAUAUUAAUUGGUGGUCAGAUUUGUCCAUUAUAAUAGCUCGUUACUCUGGAGCUGUUACUGUUUCAUCUACGUUAACUUUUAAAAAUCUUCUUGGAAGCUCACCAGAAUGGUUUGAAGUAGUGCCUCAAGUAUCUGCAUGCAAUGAUGGAGGUUUCCUAAUACUUGAAUGUGAAAGUAAUAUAUGUACAAAGAAAAGAUCAUUAGAAAGUCAUGAUGAUAUUACUGGAGAUGAAAGCAGUGAUGAAGAAGACAAUUCUUACAUAACCCAUACUUCUCAGAUUAUGAAAAGAGCUUUAUAUUAUGUGACAGAUAGUGAAAAAUUUCAACCACCAAGAAAAAGACCAAAGAUUCUUACAAGAACUUACAGAUUGUUGUGUUUAAAAUCUACUACACCAGAAGAACUCUAUUCCAGAAAAAUUGAUAAUGAAGAAUAUGGAGAAGCAUUAGCUCUAGCUAAGGCUUACAAUCUAGACUGUGAUUUAGUAUAUCAACGACAAUGGCGAAAAACUCCUGUGUCUGUAGCUUCUAUUCAGGAUUAUUUAAGUAAAAUCACUAAGAGAUCAUGGGUUCUUCAUGAAUGCUUAGAAAGAGUUCCUGAAAAUAUUGAUGCUGCUAAAGAAUUACUACUUUAUGGUCUUAGAGGAACAGAUUUAGAAACACUUAUAGCCAUUGGACAAGGAAAGGAUCAUGGCAGAUUCAUCUUAAAUCAACUGGAAUAUGAUUCAAAUGAUGAAUAUGUUACUGAUGAAGAGGAAAAAAAAGAAAAUUUAAAUGAAAAAGAAGCUAAUCGUAAAAAGUUACUUGAAAAAGUAAAUUUUAGAAGUUUGACUUUAGAACAAAAACAACUCUGUCAAUGUCGACUGAAACUUUUUACAUAUUUAGAUCGAUUGUUAACUUAUGAGGUUAUUCUGGGAGGAAUACAUACAGCUGCUGAAAAUUACAACCAUAAUUUUUUCAAAAAAUUUCGAUCUCAAGCAGGAUUUCAGGCAGCUCUUUUAUUUGCUCAAAAUAAUGCUUGGGAAGCUGUUUCUGCAAUGUUUACUCAUCAUGGAAAAGAAACAUUACCACAUCGAUUAGCAAUUUUAUCAAAUUUUCCUGAAACUACUUCACCAUUUGAAUAUGCAAGUCUUUUACCAGAAGCAGGAUAUGGUCCUGAUGAUCCUGAAGUUUAUCCAUGGGAGGAAAUAAAAUCUAGAGAAGAAGACUGGUGUGAAAUUCAUUUUUCAGACCAAAUAACAUCUCCAUCAUCAAAUGAAUUUGAAAUAGAAUAUUAUGAAGAACACAAAGAAUAUUUGAAAUACAGAACUAUUGAUUUAACAAAGGAAUUAUUAACUCAGUGGUAUUCCCAACGUGCUAGAGAAAUAGAGAAUUUAAGCUGUUGUGUAGAGAAUGCACUAGAAUUGAUUAAAUUAGGAAGAGAAAGAAAUGUUCAAAGUACAGAAUCAACAUUUAUAAAAGAUGUUAAACAAUGGCUGUUGCCAUUUCUUCAGUGUUGUAAUAAAUAUAGACCUGGAAGUCAUAAAGAAUUACUAAGAGAAUAUUUAGUGAAAUUAGCAACUGAAGAGCUUACAAAUUGCUUAAAGAUAUUUGAAAGUUCUCGUGUUGAUCAACCUGACCCCAUUAUAACAGAUAUUGCUGAAUUAAUGUCAUUGGCAUUAGACUGUGUUUAUGCAUGCAAGAGAGAAGAUCAGUUAUCUCAAGCUUUUGGAAUACUUGAAUGUUUACCUCAAAGAGGAUAUGGUGGUACCAGUUCUGAAAUUGAUAAAUUACACGAUCGUUUGGAUGAACUAGAAAAAUAUUUGAGUGUUGCAGAAUUAUUAGAACAACAUGGAGUUUCUACAACUCUCAGCUAUCUUUAUACUUGUAAUAAUAAUCCUGAAGAAGUGAAAAAGUUAUUAAUUAAAUUGACAAGAACUGCCAGCCGUCAAACACCAUCUCUUGGAGAAGCUGAAUGGAAGCAAUUAUUAAAUGAUAUAUUAGAUAUGCAACAAAAAAUUUAUAAGUGUAUUACCCCAGUUGAUUGUUAUGAAAUUUUUGUGGAAGCUUUACUUUGUUCUGGUAAACUAGAAACAAUUGGAUUGGCUGCAAGAAUGAUUGAAUGCAAUCUAUCCAACAUACCAACUUCACCUGUUGGUUUGAGCUAUCUUAUUCAUCAUAAGAAAUUGGAUUACUCUCGAGCUGUAAAACUAGUUCUUUCUGCUGCAAGAGAAUAUUUUAAUUCUUCUGAAACUCCUUCUGAUCCCUGCAUGAAUCUAGCUAGGGAAUGUCUUCAUCUGAUUGAAGAUACACCACCUGUUAUUGAAGAAGAACUUGAUUUAAUAUCAUCUCUACCAUUACUACAAGAAUUUUCUAUAAACAUAUUACCACUUAAAGUUAGGCUAUGCGAAAAUCGCUUGGAAUUCAUUAAACAAGCUCUGAAAGCAAAGCCAAAAGCAUACAAAAAUUCACAAAAGUUAUUACGACUGUCAUAUUUUCUUCGUGUCUGUGGUCAAGAUAAACAGCAGAGAGAAGGAAAAGUAUUAUCUUUAAUAGCUGAAGUUGCUUUUGAGGCAAAAGAUUACCAAGAUUGUUAUAAUAUUUGUCAGCAACUAAUGACUGGUGGUCAUGAAGAAGGUUGGUCAAUAUGUCAAAAAAUGGGAAGCUGUAAUGAAUUUAAAAAUAUUGAAGCAAAGUAUGUAACAUUAUCACAAUAUUUUUACACUAAGUUUUGGCUCUGUGGAGGACAUAUAGUUGGAGUAAUCACACAGAAGUUGAUUUUUGUGGAAGCUUUACUUUGUUCUGGUAAACUAGAAACAAUUGGAUUGGCUGCAAGAAUGAUUGAAUGCAAUCUAUCCAACAUACCAACUUCACCUGUUGGUUUGAGCUAUCUUAUUCAUCAUAAGAAAUUGGAUUACUCUCGAGCUGUAAAACUAGUUCUUUCUGCUGCAAGAGAAUAUUUUAAUUCUUCUGAAACUCCUUCUGAUCCCUGCAUGAAUCUAGCUAGGGAAUGUCUUCAUCUGAUUGAAGAUACACCACCUGUUAUUGAAGAAGAACUUGAUUUAAUAUCAUCUCUACCAUUACUACAAGAAUUUUCUAUAAACAUAUUACCACUUAAAGUUAGGCUAUGCGAAAAUCGCUUGGAAUUCAUUAAACAAGCUCUGAAAGCAAAGCCAAAAGCAUACAAAAAUUCACAAAAGUUAUUACGACUGUCAUAUUUUCUUCGUGUCUGUGGUCAAGAUAAACAGCAGAGAGAAGGAAAAGUAUUAUCUUUAAUAGCUGAAGUUGCUUUUGAGGCAAAAGAUUACCAAGAUUGUUAUAAUAUUUGUCAGCAACUAAUGACUGGUGGUCAUGAAGAAGGUUGGUCAAUAUGUCAAAAAAUGGGAAGCUGUAAUGAAUUUAAAAAUAUUGAAGCAAAAUGCAAAUUAUUGUCAUUUGCAAUUUCUCAUUGUUCACCUGAUUUAUUAGUGUCAUUGUUACAAAUAAGAGGGCAUCUAGAGCUUCAAGUUAUCUUGAGUGAAAUAAAAUUUAAUUUAGGAAUAGAAAAUGGAACAGAAAGUUGUGCAGUUACUUUUAGUAAAGAAGAAGAGAGAAAAAAAGUUUCUGAUGAAGAUACCUAUAAAAACUUGUGGAACAAAGGAGAAGAAACAUUAAAAGCUUUACAUUCUACAACACAAAUUACAAAGGAUGUUUUAACAGCCUUUGGAAGCAAAAAAUUUUGGACAGAUGUAAUAAGCUGGAUUCCAUCAUUGGGUACAUCUUCUGAUGAUUAUUCACAAGAAAAUAUAUCUAAUAACAAUAAUUUAAUGAAACAAGGAGUUGAUGCUUUUUAUAUAUCUGAUUUUCAAAACAUUCAUAUUAAUAAGUUUGAUCCUGAUUAUACAAGAUAUGCUAGACAAGAUCUUCCACAGAAAGUUACCAUAGCAAAAAAUGUGUUGAGAGCAAUAUUAUUAAAAGAUACUUUAGAAGAACCAGAGAUUCCACAUUUAAAUUCAGAAGUGUUAAUUGACCUUGCUCAAAUGAUGAUUUCUGAAGACUUAUAUUUCAGCUUUUCUCUAUUAUUGGCACUUGUAAAGGAAGAAGAGUCAGAAAGAUUUUUUAGCAAAUUACCCAAUACUGCAGUAGUACUACAGACUGCUUUAUAUUAUUAUGCUCUCAGAUUGUAUGUCCUCCUUUACCCUAAGGAUAUAUUGAUUAAUGUAUAUUUUUGUGAUCCAACUGAAAUUAUUAAUCAAGUGAUUGCAUACAUUACUAAGAGAAAAGAUCUGAUGCCAGAAGCCACAAAACUCUCAAAAUUAAUUCAGAAAUAUGAUAAUAUGCUUUUUGAUUUUAUUCAAGCUGAAGUACUGCAUGGAUUAGGAGGAGGAGUUGAUAUUACAAGAUUUACAACCGAUAACAUUUAUAAGAAAGAAACCAUUUUAGGAUUAGCAAUGACUGCUGAUGAUUCUGUACUGAAUGUGUCAAUUUCUCUUGCUCGUCACUAUAAUAUUCCAAUCUGGGAUGUAUAUAUGGCAAACAUAGAAUUUAUGUUUCUUGAAGAAAGUUUAUCUGUUGAUGAUAUCAAAGUCAAAAUAGAGCAUUUUGAUAUGAUGGAGGAAUUAUUAUUGAAACCAAUACUGUUUAAAGAGAAACUUCAAUCAAACAUUUAUCCUAGUAUUAAUGGAAAAGAUUUUACAAUGUUAAUUUUUUAUUAUACAUUAUUGGAAAAGUGUGGAAAUGAUAAAGAUUUUACAGGAAUCAAGCCAGACAUUCAUUUAGAGAUGUUAGAAAUAUUAGAAGAAAUAAAUCCAGAUUUAGAUUAUAAAAUGCUUAUCAAACCAAAUAGAGAUGUACUUUCCAUUCUCUAUCCUGUUCUUAAUGAAAAUAAUAUUGAAAUAUUUACCAAACUAGCAACAAAUUUAAUUGACCAGAAUGGAGAAAUGGUCAAACCUAGUUCUGUUUUAUGUAUCUGGACACAAAAGUAUUUUUUUGAAGGUGAUUCAGACAAGAAUUUACAACCAAAAACAUUUUCUGAUUGGAUAAAUCGUUACGAGGCAUGUAGCAGAUACUUCGAGCAGUUUUUUGCUUAUGAUUUUCUGGAGUUUGUUAACAAAAUAACAUUCAGUGUUUCAGCUUUUGAAAAUCUCUCCACAAGAUGUCGUAUCAAGAUUAAUGAAAAAUCAUUAAAGUACUGUAAGAAACGGAUUGAUGAAAUGGACCCAGAUGAUGAAAAAAAUAAAUGGAAAGAGAUACAUAAUGAGAUUCAAAAUAAUAUUCAGCAUCUACAGAAUAUAGAAGAUGGUGCAUUAGAUUGUUUAUUGAAUUCUGAAAAUCCUAGCCACAGGGAAUAUGUUCGUGAAUUUGAUCUUUCUCGAUCUUCAUCUUUGAAAUUGCAGUCCAUGUUACUACGUGCAGUUAUUGAAAAUCAUCCUUUGACUUUUUUACAAACAUUACUAUCAGUGUGCCUUCCUCACAUAUCGUGGGAAUUAUUGGAUAUAUAUACUGAAGGUAUUCACCUUAUUACUGAACAGCUGAGAAAUCCAGAAGUUAGCCUUCAUCCUAGUUUGGAAAAUCUUCAACCUUUAAAUGUUUUAGAAAACAUAUUGAAAAGUUUUGCAGAAAACAGUGAAGAACUCAUAGGAGAUGAGAUAGUCCUGGAAUUAUUAAGACCAUUUUGUUCAGAUACAUCUGUUCCCGUACAGAUACGAUUGAAAGUACUUCAGUUAUUAGAAAAGACUACAAAUUUAGAUAUUGAAGAUUUGGAUUUGUUGCUGCUGUUCAGAACGCAAGCUAUAGUUGCUACAGCAUGGGAAGGUAUAGAAAUAAAUGAAGAUCAAAUUUCUAAUAAUGAGAAAAGACAAGCCCUUUUUGAUCAUUUACUUAAAAUAUCAGAAAGGGCAGAUCAGUUAAAUACAUUAGCUAAUUUAUUGAAAUGCUGGCCUACUCUUCCUAAUUCAAAUUCCAAACAACCAGAAAUAAAUACUUGGGCACAGUUAAUCACCACUACUGCUAAUAAUUCUGAUUCCAUGGCUCCUGUCAUUGCUGUUAAUCUUUUAAAAGAAGCUAUGACUGAAAAUGAACUGAGUAGAGAGUGCUGCCUUUCAGUUUAUAAAUUUAUAGAACAGAGAGGAAAUUUAUUGCAAACUCUCAAAGCAAGUAUCCUUACAAAAGUGGAAGAGAUUCGAGACGCAGCAAUGAUCAUUUUAUCCCAACACUCACCUAUUACUAAUGACGAUUACGACAAUGAAUUGCUUUCACUCAUCUUGAAUAACCAUCUAGUGACUAAAGUAGUAGGAACUGAACUGUAUCAACCUUUAAUAGAAUUUCUUCUGGUGAAUGAAGAAAAUAAACCAAAUUUAGUAAAUGAAGUCAUUGCAGAUCUUAGAAAAGCAGGUUUAAUGGCUGAAGCAGGUUCACUAAUUUUGCUUGCUGAAGGAAUUCACAAUUCGUUGCAUACUUUCAGGUCAGCUCUAGGUAUAUUUGACUGGUUUAGCAAAACAAAAAAAUGAAUGCUAAACAUUGUGUCUAAUCAGUUUGUUUAUACAGUUGUAAAAAUUUCAGGUAUAAAUUAUAAAAUGUCAUUUUAUAAACAUUGAACAAUUGUUUUAUCUUUAACAGUUUACAGUGAUAUGAAUACAAAUUUUUAUUGUAGUUCAAAAAUAUCAAUAAUAGAGAGGUUGUAGCCAACUUUUUCAUCACAAAAACGUGUACGUCAGACGUUCAGCGCCAC